AUGAGGUCCAAGAUUAAAGCAGUCAGUAAAGAAAUACCAGCUCAGAAUAAUACAAAUGCGGAGACCAGGGAACUACCCAUAGAUUUAACGAAAAUAUCAGACAAAUAUAAAGUAAUCGAAUCCACUGCAACUAACGAAGCCAGCUCCCCCGUGUCGCUGAAGAUGAAAUUGGAAGAAAUAUUAAGAACAGCAACAGUAUUGACGAAUGCUUUAAAGGUGGAAAUUAAGACUGUGGAGGACCAAGAGCGUGCCUUGAAGGAUGCUAUAGCCAACGGCAGAUCUGGUGUCACGACCCUCACUGUGACAACGAUCGAUAGACCGCUUCGUACGUAUUUCAUUCGCAACGGAAUCUGGACUCUUUGCAACGGUGUAGUCCAGUAUCCGGCUGUAAAUCAACCCUACAAUGUUUUUACCGAACUAUUUUCGGUUCCGAGAUGUAUCGGACAGGAGGUCUCUUCAAAACGCGAUCCAUGUGUAUUUAAUUCAGUCAUUAAAUACGAAACUGUACCGGUUACACGAAGAUCCUUUUACGUAGAAGACGACUACCUAUGCCUUAAAACGACCUUCAACAAUACCCUUCAAACGUACAUGACUGUGCCGAGACGUGUGGUCGACGAUACUUGCAAGAAUGGUACUGUAACGAGCUUAACAAAUAAUAUAUUGAGCUGUGGACUCAGGGUCUUAUCCGAGUACUCAUAUUACCCCUAUAGGAAUGAAGUAUCGUUCACAAUGCCCUUAGAAUAUUGCACCGAAAAAGAUGGCUCCUGCAAGCUUCUGGUCGGAUGGCACAUAUCUAACAAGACCAUAGAGAAUUUUGAAUUUUUUAAUCACGAUCCAAAUUUUAGGAAGUUUUUUAUAAAAACAAAAGAUUUUCUUGAACCUUUUUUAUAAUUUUAAAAUUGUUAUUUUUUAA